CCCAGGGCUCCUCUUCAGCACGUCCCUUGUCGUGGUACCCAUCCCACUACUCGCAGAAUAUGGCUGAUCGUACUUGGAAAGGCGGAGCGCGCGUCGAGAAACAGCCAGGCACUGAGAAGGACGCCUUAUACAGCCACACUCAAGGCCAUUUUGACGAUGUUCUUGACCUCUCCCCCUCCAUACCUCACUCCCUCAGCAACAGCAUGCUAUCUGUCGACGUGCCUGCGUCUCAAGCACGCCGUCACCCGCAUUCCGACUCUUCACCAUCCUCAGCGAGUCCCUCGUCGGCGCUCAGCGGCUUCGGCGCUUCAUUGCCUUCUGCCAUCGCUGGGGCUCAUAACGCAGCGUCUCGUUCUCGUAGGCCGCGCAAAGAGAAGCCGCACAUUGCACUUGCGCCUGACCAGCCCCCAACGACGCAGGGGAAGCCAAGGACCCGCGUUUUCGUAGCAUGUGUCCAGUGUCGUGGGCGCAAGAUACGUUGCGAUGGGGCGAAGCCCAUCUGCUUCAAUUGCAUGCAGAGGACAAACCCAGAUAGCGAAUGUAACUACGACCCUGCCCCGAAGCGUCGGGGACCUGACAAGGUUCAAGGUGCCCGCACGCGCUCCGCUAGAUCAAAGGACGAUUAUGGAGAGCCAGUCAAACGUAGGCGCCGUAGAACGACGAACUCUUCCGACGUACCGGCGGAGUCUUCGAAGGCAGGGGAUCAUGGUCCACAAGCUGCUCUCCCUUCGAUCAUGGCAAGAAGCUUUCCCGAAAUCCAUGAUCGCCAGUCAGAUUCGACUUCUUAUAGUCCCCCCAAUCUAAUCUCGCUCCCGAGAAUCAAUCCUAGCUUGUUAGGGCAUUCAGGAAGCAAUGUACGCUACACAUCAGAUACGUCGUUCGAUCAAGGGCCACUCACCCCAAUUGCACCCGGACGCGCGGCUGUACCCCAUAACCUAUCUGCUGACGGUAUACCGGAUGAUGAGCAAACAGAGUACAAUGUGAUCGCGGAACCUUCGCUCCAAUUCACCCGUAAGGUCUGGUGGGAUCAUCUGGUGACCCUCUACACCUCGUUCUUGCACGGAACAGCUGCUCAGACUCAUACUCGCGCCCAGCGCGACGUGGGAGCACAGCGAAUUGUCAAUGACCUGCGCUUUCUCUUCCGGACCUCUAGCUACUGGUUCUCGUUCAUCAACGUUCCCCGAUUUUACAACAACUUCCUGAAUCCCACAAAAAGGAGCGUAAUGCAGCCCAGUUUGGUACUCGCAUCACUCGCGGUGUCGAUAUACCUUCAGAGCUCAGAACUAGGAAUGGGUCAAGAAGGCAGAAGAAUGGCGCUCAAGCUGAGGGAUGAAGCUCAGGGCAUGCUGCAAGCCAGUUUGAAUGCUCGGUGGGUCGACGAGUCACUGGCGCAGGCAGCCUGGAUCCUUGCGUUCUUCGAAGUCUGCGCUCACCCUGAUCAUCUUCUACAGCGCGUAGAUUCUGCCCUAGCUGUGAUGGACUCGGUAAUCAGAACGCUUUCGCUGACUUACUUGGAUCUCGAUAACCCUCAGGCAUCUGCGUAUGCCCGGCACGCGGUCCCAGCUAUUCCCUGGCAGUAUCAGGCGUCGCAAGCUUCUGAUCAAAAGUAUCCCGCCAGCAACCUUGGACCCAUCCAACAACCCCUCGCGACACAGUGGUCUUCCACCGCCAAUCAGUCUGUAUUUUCGCAAAGCCACAAUCCCGGCACUUACUCAAAAGGCUGUACGUGCGACUCUCUAUCACUUGGCCAGCAGUGGCCCGAAGCGCAUGAACAGACUCCCUUGUGGUUGUAUACGCCUGCCUGGAAUAGGGAAUGGACUGAGUGGGAGGUCAAAAAGGAGGAAUGUAGAAGGCUUGCCUGGAGCGCUAUGACGCUCGCCGCAGGUUACAGCGCUUACACUGCAGCGAUAGGAUUCAAGCAGCCAGAGUUAUUCGUGAUCGAUCCGGCGAACUAUACUCUCCUCUUCCCAGGUGAAGCGCUGUUACUCUCCCAGUCCUACCUGGUCAACAACACGGGAAAAGAGACUGUGUGGGCACUGUAUCUCCGUGCGAUGUUGUUAUGGCACAGCUGCUUGAGUUUGCGGACGGACACGUCGAUCAGCGAGGCGGAUAAGGCUGACUUUGCAAUCCGCGCCUGGCUUGAGACUGAGGCAAUCGAGGAGGCGCUGAACAAGCACGUCUGUGGGGUGGAGCGUUCGUCCAUGUACUCUGGGAGAGAGUAUCUCUUCAACACCCGCAUGUGCAUUUCAUUCGAGUUCCGCCGUUUCAUUCCUCAUGCGCUGACAGGGCCCAGCCGCGAGAAGUCUAUUGAAUGGUUGCGCGAACAGGAACGCAGGGCCAAAGCUGUGAUGCAAGGCAUGCACGCUGUCACGGGCAACAUCAAGCAUAAUCUCUCUCAGCGGCCUUGGUUCGUCUGGUGGUUCAUGGGCCAGGUAUCCCGUGCGCUUACCCUCUGGUCAUUCGACAGUUCGUUAGUCUUCGCGCUCGAUGUGUGCAAAGCCUUUCUAGAACCCAUAGACUUUCUCACGUCCAUAUAUCCUUGUCAAGAACAACGCAAGCGCUAUGACGAUCUCCUUGAACGCGUCAGGCGAAGUUGUUUAUUGGCAGGUGUUUCCCCUCCAGCCCAUAAUUACAACAUUCAUUCCAUUCCUUUCUAACCGACAUCAAUCUUGGACUUAUCCCUCCGGACCUAUCCUUGUACUUUAUCUGUAUCGUUAUCGUCUACCACUGCACCUUUCUUGUCCUCUGCAUAAUUCGAGUGUACUGUACAUACAUGCCAUCGUUAUCACGGACUAGAACGCUAUCACUACUCCUGUAUCGAGCUUUCUGUCGCUGCUUUGCAUCUUGGACUUUGGGUAUCGCCUUCUUGUUGCUUACUCUCGCGUUUCACAAUACAGGUCAUUUUUGGCACCCG